ACAGGAAUUCUGUUUCAUUUGGCCUCUGUUAGAUGCUUUUUCUGACAAGCUAAAGUCUCAUGCAGAACAGACUUAAAUCCUAAUAAUUUCAACUACUGGUAUUUUUCAUUGGUGUUAACACUUGGAAAUUUUUAAACACAAUUAUGAUUAGCCAUAAUGCUGUUGCAAAGAAAAGUGAGCUAGAUUAUCCUGAAUAACUAGUACAAAUUGGGUAGUUUCUGAGACCACUUUAGUAAGGUACUAAAGCAGAUUGUCUUUUUGUAUGCCUUUAGAGUUCGUCUUGGUUUUGUUUUGUAAGUAGAAUUCUAGACCCAAAUUUGGGGUUUUGAAGAAAUAACAGAGUGCUUUUAUUAAAUAAUUUUUUAAUUUUUAUUUAUUUUUAGAGAGGAAGAGAGAGAAACAUAGUUGUUUGAAAGACCUGGCCCACAACCCAGGCAUGUGCCCUGACUGGGAAUUGACAGUACCCAUCCCACUGAUCCACACCAGUCAGGCUGAAUGUGCUUUCUUUUUUUUAUUGUGUAUGCUUAGUGCAUGUGGGAUGGAGAAUUGCCCUAUUAAGAGUUUCUUCCAAAUCUGGUUAACUUUUCCACAAUUUAAAAUUGUGUUUACGUUUUUGUGUUUUGUUUUUUUUAAAUAAAGGUAGUACUUCGUUGUUUUUAUAUAGAUCUCAUUGGUAUAGGCUGAUCAGAAAGUCAAAACUAGUUUGCUUGCGAAUUCUUAUAGUAAUCUGUUCCCAAAAUGGUAUCUUCAAAUUGACAUGUGCUAAAUGUUAUAAAAAGCACCACAUUAAUACCUAUUUUUUAAUUUUUACUUAACUGAUUUUUAGGGGGAGAGAGACCUUAAUUUUUGUUAUUCCACUUAUUUAUGCAUUCACUGGUUGAUUCUUGUAUGUGCCCUGAGCAGAAAUCAAAUCCGCAACCUUGGCACAUUGGGGUGAUGCUCUAACCAGCUCGGCUACGGGGCCAAGGCUUCACAACAGAUUGGCUUUGCAAAGUUUUUAAGUUUUUUGUGAGGCAGUAGCAUGUGAUGUUAGAUCUUCUCCACUUUCCCUUACUUUGUUCUUAACAUCUUUUGUGGGAAACAGCUAUUCCUCAGGUUAGUGCUAUUUUCUUAAAAAUUUAAGAAAAUGGUAGAUCUUCAAAAUGUCUUUCAACUUUGUUCCCCAAACAGUUUUAGGGGCUGCUUUCAGGGCUACUGGAACAGUAUUUUUAAAUCAUCUAGCUAAAUAUACAUAUAUUACAGUAAGCAUUUUAAAGAAACCCUCUUUUUUUCCCUCUGUGCUUUAGACAGUUUCUAAGGAAACAUGGAAGCUUGUGACAGUUUUAUUUCCUAUUGUCUUUUAAGGUUCAGUUAUUUUGUUAGUGGUACAUUUCACUAGUUCUGCAGGGCCCCGUAAAAUCCAACAAUGGCCACUGUUGAUUGAGUGGUUACCAUGCUGCAGACCAGGCACUGAAGGAUUCUUAAAAUGGUCCAGUGAGGUAUAAGCACCACUGUUGUGUUUUAUAGUUGGAGACAGCAACUAAGUAAUUUGCUUAAAUUAAGUAGCCAGUGAGUGACAGAGCAGGGACUCAAACCCAGUUUCUCUUAAAAGUUCAUACUAGUUAUUUGUGUGCAUGAGACUUAGUUGUAAUGUCAGAUAAAAAUGCAUAUCCUUGCCAUUUGGGAUCUUUCUAAAGUGACACCUAGGAUUCUUGGUUUUAAAAAAAACCAACAGGUACUAGAGGUGAUUCAUAUGCAGAGAUGAUUUGAUUUAUAUCCACAUUUGGAAAUUUCUACACUUAGCUUACUUUUAAAUGCUUUUAAAUGGGUAUCUAGGGGGAAACAUUUUAUUCUUUGCAGAUGCUGCCCCUAACAGUUGCACUGAUAAUUCAAUCGUGAAAUUAAAUAUUAGUGAAUAUUGUUUAUAUGAAAUAUUCUUGAGCAUAAAGGAAUCAAGUGAACAAAUUGUUUUAUUUACAGGGGAGGAGGUGGUGAGGGAAGGUUUUGAAAUAAAUCAGGUGAGUAGGAUUCCUACAGCUGCAUAAUGAAAUUUGUAAGCUCUGGUAAGUUUCUGCAGCUGAAGGACUUCUGCAUUAACCUUUUUGAAGUGUUCUGGUAUCUUAAAAGGAAGGAUGGAUGUCUUGGGAAGGGAACAGGGUGGUGGGUUCAUUUUGGAGGGGAAAGAGGGCCUCAUUAUACUCUCUAAUACUUUUUGAAUGUGAAGGUAUUGUCAUUUUAAAAAAUUUGUGUCUUGGUUUUUAAUAUCUUAUCUCCAGUAACUUCCAAAAUGGAUGGCUUCAAAAAACACUGAUACUGUCAGAAAUGCCUUUUUACCUCCAUUCUUAAAAUUCAACCUAAUUUUAGUCCUUAACCCUUGGUGUGGAGUAUUUGAAUCAGAUUUAGUUUAAAUAGUGAUAAAAAAUCCCCCCCCCCAAAAAAAACAGUUUGUUAUGUUCAGAAUUAUAGUGCAUCUGAUAAAUGUACAUUUUUUUGUGAUAUGUCUUCCAACAUCAAAGUAGUACUUGUUCUUUUGACUUUGGCUUACUGUGAGUGGGUGGUGGUACUAUAUGCAUACUUUUGAGUGGUUAAGUUUAAAAGAAUUUGCAAAACUGUACAAGUGAAUAAUAAAACCUGGAAAAUAUGAAUGAAAAUUUGAGAGAUGAAGAAGAGGCGGAGUUGAUGGUAAAUGACAGGGUUGAGAAGUAGGAAGUGUUUGAAGACUUAAGAGGAAUUAUGUAAGCUUUCUUAAAAUUAAGCAGUAUAUGUUUGCUCCUUAGAAAUUCAGUACUUUUUUGUGGGGGGAGAGGUCAGGUUUCACUGCCCUUCCUCCCCCCCCCUUUUGCCUACCUCAAAACAGAAAGGUGGUUUGCCAUCGUAUUGUGUAGCAUUGUCACUGGAGUCACUGAGCUGUAUGUUACAUUUCCUGUUGUGCACCACUGAAGAGGUGUUUCUUCAGUACCUCUGAUGAGUAUAUUUUGAUUGACUGCUUUAUGUGCUUGUUUAUUUUUUUUAUAGCGUUUAAAUCAAACGGUAUUGAGAUGGAUUGGGUUAUGAAACAUAAUGGUCCAAAUGACGCUAGUGAUGGGACAGUACGACUUCGUGGAUUGCCAUUUGGUUGCAGCAAAGAGGAAAUAGUUCAGUUCUUUCAAGGGUUGGAAAUCGUGCCAAAUGGGAUAACAUUGACGAUGGACUACCAGGGGAGAAGCACAGGGGAGGCCUUCGUGCAGUUUGCUUCAAAGGAGAUAGCAGAAAAUGCUCUGGGGAAACACAAGGAAAGAAUAGGGCACAGGUAUAUUGAGAUCUUCAGAAGUAGCAGGAGUGAAAUCAAAGGAUUUUAUGAUCCACCAAGAAGAUUGCUGGGCCAGCGACCAGGACCAUAUGAUAGACCAAUAGGAGGAAGAGGGGGUUAUUAUGGAGCUGGGCGUGGAAGUAUGUAUGACAGAAUGCGACGAGGAGGUGAUGGAUAUGAUGGUGGUUAUGGAGGUUUUGAUGACUAUGGUGGCUAUAAUAAUUAUGGCUAUGGAAAUGAUGGCUUUGAUGACAGAAUGAGAGAUGGAAGAGGCAUGGGAGGACAUGGCUAUGGUGGAGCUGGUGAUGCAAGUUCAGGUUUUCAUGGUGGUCAUUUUGUACAUAUGAGAGGACUGCCUUUUCGUGCAACUGAAAAUGACAUUGCUAAUUUCUUCUCACCACUAAAUCCCAUACGAGUGCACAUUGAUAUUGGAGCUGAUGGCAGAGCAACAGGAGAAGCAGAUGUAGAGUUUGUGACACAUGAAGAUGCAGUAGCUGCCAUGUCUAAAGAUAAGAAUAAUAUGCAACAUCGAUACAUUGAACUCUUCUUGAAUUCCACUCCUGGAGGUGGCUCUGGAAUGGGAGGUUCUGGAAUGGGAGGCUAUGGCAGAGAUGGAAUGGAUAAUCAGGGUGGUUACGGAUCUGUUGGAAGAAUGGGAAUGGGGAACAAUUACAGUGGAGGUUAUGGGACCCCUGAUGGCCUGGGUGGUUAUGGUCGUGGUGGUGGAGGCAGUGGAGGUUACUAUGGGCAAGGUGGCAUGAGUGGAGGUGGAUGGCGUGGAAUGUAUUAGAGCAUAACCACCAACAUAAUAGUCCUGACAACAGCAUCUGGUCUACUAGACUUUCUUACAGAUUUAAUUUCUUUUGUAUUUUAAGAACUUUAUAAUGACUGAAGGAAUGUGUUUUCAAAAUAUUAUUUGGUAAAGCAACAGAUUGUGAUGGGAAAAUCUGUUUUCUGUAGGUUUUAUUUGUUGCAUACUUUGACUUAAAAAUAAAUUUUUAUAUUCAAACCACUGAUGUUGAUACUUUUUAUAUACUAGUUACUCCUAAGGAUGAGCUGCUUUCAUAAGCUUUGGGUUGAUGUAUUUUAUUAUUAGCUCUACAAGUAGUAGUACAGUGAUUGUAGAGGAUGGUGGUUCACCUCUACAUAGUCUGCAAGGCUUAAUAAGCAGACACCUGGAAUAGAAUUUGAAAAGUAGUGUAACUUUUAAUUUCUCCUGGACAAUACUGUAAAUACAAAACGUAAAGAUGAGUUUAGAUGGUUUCAGGAGUAUAAGUUCUGCUAAUUCUAUAUUAGUGUUUUUCAAAUGUCACUUAUCAGGCAUAGCUCUGAAAUGUUGAUCUAAAUGAGAGUUAUCUGGGUUUCUGAAUAUUCAUAAUUGUGUUGCCCAAGGAUAGCAAUGUUGGACAUUAAAUUCUAGCCCUAGAUUUUAGAAUUAAAAAUCUCCUCAGCACUUGACUGAAGUACCAAAAAAAUGUUUCCAAAAACUGACAGUUGUAAGUUAUCUCAAAAAUGUCUUAGACUAGGUUAAGGUUCUAGAAGUGAAUUGAGAAUUCAGUACAAAAGUAUUUACUGUGGAGUAUAAUUCUCACAGAUGUAUUUUCAGUUUUCAACCCAAUAGUUAAAGCAUAUGUUUUGUUGUUUUUUAAUAUCUGUAUAAAUACUUUAAAAAUGUAACAGAAGUCCAUGUUGUCUUAAAAUGAUAGUCCUACAGUUGGGUUUUUCAUCUGCUAUCUGUUUGGAGUUUUAGAGCCAUUGUGUUAAAAAAAAAAAACAAAAACUAUAUGUAGCAAGGAAAAGGUGCUUUUUACUUUUAAUCCUUUGAUCAAUAUGGCUUUUUUCCAAAUUGGCUAAUGGAUCAAAAUGAAACCUGUUAAUGUGAAUUCAGUUACUGAACUUGUUAUUUGUUUUUGCUAGAAAUGUUAAUGUAAUAAAUAUCAAUGUGGGAGAUAAUAGUAUGGCGUCUGUCCUAGAA